AUGAGAACCAGGAGAACCAGGAUAACCAGUAGAAGCAGAAAUAUUGAGAUUACUGAGAAUACUGUGAUAACUGAUAAUAUUGUGAUUACUGAGAAUACUGUGAUUGCUGAGAAAACUGUGAUUACUGAGAAUGCUGUGAUUACUGAUAAUAUUGUGAUUACUGAGAAUACUGUGAUUGCUGAGAAAACUGUGAUUACUGAGAAUGCUGUGAUUAAUGAUAAUAUUGUGAUUACUGAGAAUACUGUGAUUACUAAGAAUACUGUGAUUUCUGAGAAUACUGUGAUUUCUGAGAAUACUGUGAUACCUGAGAAUACUGUGAUUACUAAGAAUACUGUGAUUACUGAGAAUAUUGUGAUUACUGAGAAUACUGUGAUUACUGAGAAUACUGUAAUUGCUGAGAAAACUGUGAUUACUGAGAAUACUGUGAUUACUGAUAAUAUUGUGAUUACUGAUAAUAUUGUGAUUACUGAUAAUAUUGUGAUUACUGAGAAUACUGUGAUUGCUGAGAAAACUGGGAUUACUGAGAAUGCUGUGAUUACUGAUAAUAUUGUGAUUACUGAGAAUACUGUGAUUACUGAGAAUACUGUUAUUACUGAGAAAACUGUGAUUACUAAGAAUACUGUGAUAACUGAUAAUAUUGUGAUUACUGAGAAUACUGUAAUUGCUGAGAAUACUGUGAUUACUGAGAAUACUGUGAUUACUGAGAAUACUGUGAUUACUGAGAAUACUGUGAUUACUGAGAAUACUGUUAUUACUGAGAAUACUGUGAUAACUGAUAAUAUUGUGAUUACUGAGAAUACUGUUAUUACUGAUAAUAUUGUGAUUACUGAGAAUACUGUGAUUACUGAUAAUAUUGAGAUUACUGAGAAUACUGUGAUAACUGAUAAUAUUGUGAUUACUGAACAAGCACUUUGA